AUGCCAGGCAUCUUACCCAUGAAGGUCAUCAAGGUCGGGAGUAAUUCACAGAGCAGAGUUGCCCAGGCCUGUGACCGGUGUCGGAGCAAGAAGAUACGAUGUGAUGGUAUCCGGCCAUCAUGCUCGCAGUGCACAAACGUCGGCUUCGAAUGCAAGACGAGUGAUAAGCUUAGCAGAAGGGCGUUUCCCCGUGGAUAUACCGAGUCCCUGGAGGACAGAGUCCGGUCCCUGGAAGCUGAAGUACGGGAACUCAAGUCUCUAUUGGAUGAGAAAGAUGAGAGGAUAGAUGUCCUGACAAGGCUCCAAUCGUUCUCUCUCUCAUCUCAAAAAGCAACUUCUUCCCCAGUGUCGAACAUCUCAACCUCACCUGCCGGAUAUUAUCCACGGCCGCCUCAGGCAUCACGGAAUGAGGGCGAGGAUCUCAUAUAUGUCCAGCAGUCGGCACGCUCCAUUUCAAAGCCGGCAGACGACACAUCCUUCACUGGACAUUCCAGCACACGGUCGUUCAUAGACUCGUUUUCUGUUCGACUUGAAAGGAGCGGCAAGUCACCAACCACUGCAUUGGCAGACGCCCUGCUUUGUGCACCAUCGUUGAAUGCACGGCGGCACGAGGAUAUCACUCCAUCCAACAUUCUCCCCCGCCUCGUGUCGGAUAGGCUAUUGAACAUUUUCUUCCAAGAAUGGGCACCACUAUACCCGAUUGUCCAUCGUCCAGAAAUCCUGAAGUUAUACAGUCGAUAUACGACCAACCCGGACUCCAUUGAAGCAGACCACCAUGCGUUUGCACAGUUGAACUUGAUUUUCGGCAUUGCUGCCAUCUCAUCCACGUCUCGUGUGCCACAAGAUCCCCUUUUCUUCGAACGACAUUGGAUACCGAAGUUGAAGAUGCUUGCGAAUGACAUUUCACUGACCACGUUGCAGUGCUAUGUUCUUGCUCAAGUCUAUUAUUCCAUCAAGGCAGAUUAUCGAAGCCUCCUGCACUACAGGGGCCUUGGUGUUUCGAUCUGUCUUCAAUUGGGCCUUCACCACAGCCAAGAGAGAUUCUCCCUGAACCCGCUGGUAAGCGAAACGCGGAAGAGGGUAUUCUGGUGUCAAUAUACUCUUGACCGAUUCGGAGCUGCCUUCACAGGGCUGCCGGUGUUAUUAGCUGAAUCGGACAUCUCAACAGAGUAUCCGGCAGACGUCGACGAUGAAAAUGUCACGGAAACGGGUUUCGUUCCAACCAUCCCAGAGGAGUCGACGAGGAUGUCAUCCGCUCUGGCUCUGUUCUCUGCCUCACGUAUCCUCCAUCGAGUGUUGGAGGACCUCUAUCCUUCUCCUGCAGGAUAUGAGAUCUCCCUCUCCACGGUCCAUUCGCUGGCAGAAAAUCUGGACGAGUGGUUGAAGAAUCUCCCUGCCCACCUCCAGCUCACAUUCCUCCUCGACAAGCCCAAUGCCUCAGUUGCAAGCAGUCGAUCAAUAUUGCUGUCAACUGUCUAUUACUUCAUUCGAACCCUGAUCCGCCGGCCAGCGGUCUCCUUCGGCUCGUCCGACAGCUCAUCACCAUCCAUGCUGUCCCUUGUGGACUCAGCUAAACACAUUAUUCAACUCCUCCGGCUGCUCGAGGACCGACGAAUGAGCCUUUCGCUAUGCAUGAACAAACGCGAACUGAUUCUGAUUUCUGGUCUUGGCCUGCUCUGGCAGAACCUUCAGCUGGGCCGGGAUAGCAAGUUGGUUAAGGAUGCUCAGAAGAGCCUGACAGCUACCGUCUCUUUACUGGAGAAUGAGUCUAUUGAGGCUGCACUGGAGUUUACGUCUUUGAUAAAUCUAGUGUCGGAUUCUGACCGACCAAUGCCUGACCGAGCAGCCAGCGGCGGCGUUCAGGAAUUCGUGUCGAAGCUGAAGAGAUCUCGCCUGUCAUUCUCCUCUGAGCCUGGCGUGUCAACGCCAAUGAGGGAUGACCUUCGCAAGGCAAACAUGAGACCAUCCUCACCCAGAAUGUCACGCAGCGUUCGGUCGUCAAGCUCUCAUAGCAGCAGCUCCUAUGACCAGCGAGACCAGAUGCAACACCACCAGGUCCAUCCGGGCAUGCACUCUGGCCAGUCUAAUCUUGGCUAUGUUCCCCUUCAGGUUAAGAAGGAUAAUAAGAAACAGAUGCAGCCAGGAUAUAACCCUCAGGUGGGGAUGACCGAAUGGGACCAUGCUCUCAAUGACAUUGAUGGCGGACAUGGCAAUAUAUUCCCUGGAAUAUACAGCGGCGGCGAGUGCGGACAGGCUCCGGGUGCAUUCAAUACCCUCCCCUCGAACUAUCCACCAUCCCAACAGUCGACACCAGCACUGGGCAUGCCCGUCCUACACUCAUCUCCGGAUAGUAUGCAAGGAUGGCCACAAGAAUCAUGGACUACGGCUCCCAGAACAGCUAUUCCACGCAGCCAUCCACAUACCAGCCACAAUGGCGCCAAUCCAGCGAAUGGGGGCACUCCAGCGGAAUCCCCAUCGGCAUAUAAUGAUGGCAGGGGCAUGGACAUGAGAGAUCAGCACAUGGCUCAGGGUCACUCGAACACCCAUGAAGGGAGUAAUGGCCACAUCCACACCUGUGCACCACCAUUGAACCCGUUUGAAGCUAUGGUUAUGCCUCAUAACCUCGAUUCAAUGCAGGGAACCACCAACUUCAAUGUCUCUGUCACGAGUGGCUGGGGUCAGCAUUCCGUGAUGUAA